AUGCCUUUGUCGACUUUUCAGGGGCUGUUGCUAUCCCUUCUGCUCUUAGCAAACGUGGCUAUCGCUGGCCGCUACAGUUUCAUCAUCAAGGAAGUGCGCGUUGAGGAGGUCCGUGGCAGGAGCGAUGAUGACCUGCUUCUAGCUAUCGCCUCAACGACGGGCAAUAAUACUAUCAAAAACUCCUGGCUAGUGGGCAAGGUCCAUGCAGGUGGUAUUGUUAAGCCAAACGACACCGUCAAGUUCACACAGGAAAUUGACGUUCCUGCCACUGCUUCAAAUUUGUCCGUAGCCAUUGGCGGCUUGAACAUGGUUGAUGCAGAUGAGCAGUUAGCUUUCAGUUUUGUCGAAGGCAUAGUCGCCAUCGCUGGGGCAAUUCCAGGACCACAAGCCCUGCCAGCGAAACUGCUCAGCAUUAUGUUUGGAGCGACCGGAAAAUUCUUCAACUGCACUGGUCCAGUCAUAAUCGGUAACGCCGUGUAUACUUUAGACCAAUUGAACGAUCUCGAGCAGAACCAGGAGGUAUGCGAGACCAAGUCAUUUGGAUACGAAGUUCCGUUUGGUUGCAGCCUCACCUCUGAGAAUUCAAGCUACACCAUUGAUUACUGCCUCGAGCGACUGGAUGCCAAGUCUGCGGCAGCAAACAGCUCACCAGGUCUGGUUCCUCUGUUUACCAGCUUUGCGGUUGCCAUCAUCUACAGUGGCUUAUGA